GAGCUCACCGGAGCUGCAAGGCGUUUGGUGGCAGGUCAGCCCGCAGGAUGGGUCGCCUAUCGAGGAGGCGUGACCAACCUGAUGGAUCAUCUCAGGAGGUCACUCGGGAAACCCCGAGUGAACGAGGUCACGGACCUUCUGGCUGCCUACUUCAAGGGGACUCGCCGGAAGAGCAGUGAGUCUAUGAAUGACUACAUCACGAGGAAGUUCGAGGCCUACAUGCGAGCAGGCCAGGCCCUGAAGAGGGUUGCUCCCUUCUAUGACCCAGAGGUCCCGGAGACGCAAGGCGAGGCGAGAGCCUGGUCUCGGAGACCGAGCACAGAAGCCAGCAACUGGACAUGGGCCAGAUCGAACUCGACCUCGGAGGCUGAACCUGCAGCUGCAGCCACCACGGACCCGUCGGAAACGACGGCCACUGAGACCGCCAAUGAGGGCGGACAGGCUUCAGAUGCUCAGUGGAGAGCCUCGACCUGGCAGAGCUGGCAAGGCACCUGGUCGAACUGGUAUGGAGGAUGGCAGUGGAACUCCCAGAUCUCCAUGGUAGGAGUGCAGAACUACUACCUUCCUUUAUUCAGGGAUGGUACAUGCUGGCUGACUGAUGCGGGUCUGGACAACAAUGAGAAGAACCUCGUGAUGACGGCCAUUAACGGCAACUUCUCUCCCCAGCGAAUCGCGCAGGAACUGCGCAACCAGUUCCCGGAAGGUGAGGUCAAGCGUCGGGACCAGCAUCGCAAGUUCCAGAGCUACCUCGGCGGCGAGAAUCUCGAGGAGACCGAAUCCGACCUCGAUGUGGCCGGGAACACCAUGCAGGAGCUGAUGGAUGACGGGCUCAACGACGAGGGUGCCGCGCUCGUGGUGGAGGCUGAACAGGAAGCUCAAGAAGCCAUGGCAGCCUUGUUCCAAGCUCGCCGGACCCUCAAAGAAGCGCGUCAGAAGCAACACCAGGUGAAGCAGAGCCGGCGCUACUACCAAGGUGGUUCGAGCUCAGGACGCAGCACCGGAGGAUCAAGCUUCCCCUCGAAGCCUCGAGAUGACAGCCAACUAGACUGUCUCCGGUGCGGACAGCGGGGACAUAGAGCAGCCAAUUGCCCUCAGAAGGCCACAGCCUCUCAGGUGGAUGUUAGUGGUGGUUCAGGACCCGAACAUCACCAUGCACCGUUUGUCUGCUUCGCCGACCUGGACCAGAGCGGAACCGGGGACGAGCUCCCCAACUUGGCUGGAUACGCCCAGGCGAUGGCCGUGGUCACAUGUGAGGAGGCCUACCUCCAGCAGAAGGAGGGCCAGGGUCUUACCACAGGAGGCGGUGGCCAAGGGCAUGUGCGUGAUCGAUGGAGGUGCUACUCAGACCAUCGGUUGCAGAACGUCUGCCUCAAGAACCCCCCCGUGUUUUCGUUCGGCAAUUCUACAGAGAACAAGUGCCUGAGCACGGCGUCCCUGGAGGUGCAGAUCCCCGUCACCAUGGAUCGCAUGUCCAAGGCCGACCUUGUUCUCCGUCUUCGUUCUUACGGAGAAGAGCCACCUCGUGCUUGGACGAAGGUGGAACUCCGGCAGCGACUCCACGUUCUUGCCGACUUGGGAGAGGUGGUCCUCCCGAAAGGAGGGAAACAGAAGACGGCCUUACAGGAGGCGGUGACCGAGCUCAACAAGGCGAGUGCCAAGAAAGCCAUCCUGGUGGAGCACGUCCGCACCGACCUGGGGAUGACUGUGACUUCCAACGAGACCAUGGCGGUGAUCCAGAGGCGCGCCAUGAACCUCCUGAUGGAGACGAUCGCAGGAGAGGCCGAGGACCUCCUGGGUUUCGGCAAGUAUGCGGAUCAGACAUUCGAGUCCGUGGCGAUGACCGACAAGGCCUACUGCGAGUGGGUGAAGACGACUGCGAAGGAGGAGGAGGGCUGCUCCAUCCACCUGUACCGCUUUGCCAACUGGCUGGAGAAGACAAAGGUCAAGGGCCCGAAGAUGUCCAAGGAGCCAUCAGUGAAAAAGGAGGAGCCGAGCCAGAACCGUGUGACCCCACCGGUGCCUUCGACACCGGGGUCUGCAAGCAGCAGCCUGGAUGGGGCGGUGGGCAACUUGGCGACCAUGGUCUCCGAGCUCAUGAAGGAGGUGAAGGAGCUGAAGGAAGAGAGGGCGACGGCCAUGCCGAGGAAGGUUGCCGCGAAGCCGGACGAGACCAUGUGA